UUCGGGGUGUGUCCCAAUUUAGUUCGUAAUAGAAGCUGCAAAGAAGCGAAUUCCUCAGUGCCGCUUCUAGUUGUCUUUCCCAAUGGAUUUUCACAAUUUGGCGUUUCUAACCGUGCUUCUGCUGUCAGCUCUAGGAUGCUGUGCGGGUCAGGAGCAGGCCCUCAAACCAGGCAACCUGGAUUAUUUGGUGGGACAGAAUGUGUCAUUCGUCACCACCAUCGACCCCCUGACCCAGCAGUUUGUCGUAAUAACCUGGACAUUCAAUAGUGGUUCUGGCCCUGUCCCUAUUAUCAGCUCUGCAACCAAGGGGGAAAGUGUGGCCGAUGCCUACAAGGACAGGGUUGUCUUCAACCGGACGACUGGUUCGCUCGUGCUCAAAGCGGUGACUAUCAGCGACACCGGGGAUUACUCUAUAAGCAUGGUGCAGGAUACUGGUGUUCAGAUCCCUGGAGAGAAUAAGCUUACUGUUUACGAGUCGGUCUCAAACGUGGUGGCGACAGCCAAUGUGACCAAUCCGGUGGAGUUCAACGACACCGUCAGCCUCACCUGCACCGCCACGGGCAGCAAGCUGACUUACAGCUGGCUGUCCGGCGGCGCCGCCCUUGUGGCCACGGACCACAUGCAGCUGAGCAAAGACGGCAGCGUGCUCACCAUCCUUAGCAUCCUGAGGGCUGACAAGGGCCCCUUCGCCUGCACCGCUUCCAACCCCCUGACAACGAAAACCAGCUCUCCCCUCACCUUCAAUAUCAGCUAUGGGCCGGAGGAGAUAUCAAUGACCGCCAGUCCCCAGCAGCCGGUCCACAGCACCAAGUCCAACAUCACCCUGACCUGCUCGGCCAAAUCCAGCCCCGCUGCCCAGUAUGAUUGGCUCUUCAACGGCGAGAACCUCAAAAAACCAGGACCAGUGCUGACACUGACAGACAUUCAGAAGACUCAGGGCGGCAAUUACACCUGCCUGGCCAGUAAUCCCAAUACCAAGAGGUACCUGGCAUCUACCGUGGCACAGAUCUCCUUAAUGGAGAAGAUAUCUGGUGCUGCAGUAACCGGACCCACAGCCAACCUGAUAGCAGGAAAUAGCUCUGCAAACAUUAGCUGCCAGGCAGCGAAGGGCACCAUCGUCACCACAAAGUGGCUGAAGGAUGGAAAGCCGCUGUCUCCUAGCGACAGGGUAACCAUCUUCGCCGACAAGAGCUCUGUGGGUAUUUCUCGCGUAGAAAAAACCGACAGUGGAGAGUACCAGUGCGAGCUCUCCAAUCCUGUGAGCACCAACUCUGCCAGCUACAAAAUGAUUGUCAACUACGGACCGGAGGCGGUGGCCAUAAAGGGAGUGGCCGCGGUGGAGGUGAACGAGAAGCUGUCGCUGACGUGCGCCGCUUCCUCUGACCCCCCCGCCACCUACACGUGGACCGUCAACGGAACGGUGAAGGACGUGAAGAAGGCCGUCUACGAACUGGAGAAGGCGGCCUACGUCGACAGCGGCAAGUACGAGUGCGUGGCCAGCAACAACGUGACCGGGAAGACCGCCUCGGCCGUCCACACGCUGUCUGUAAAAGAGAAGAUUGAAGAGGGGCUGUCGGGAGGAGCCAUCGCGGGGAUCGUGAUUGCCGUCCUGGUCGCCCUGCUGAUCAUCGCCCUCAUUGCACGCUGCAUGACGAAGAAGAAGAAAGUCACCGAAUCACCGUACUAGCGUGGGAAAACCGGUAAGCCCUGGGAGUUGGAAUCGACGGACAGCAGCCAAUUUCCACAAAUUACAAAAGGCACAAGUUCUGGGCGGGGAAUCAAGAUCCAACAAAAAUGCUUGGCCACCAGGAGCAGCCCCGCCUGUUACCCAAAUCUGCAUGCAAAACCCAUCGUGGAGGUGAGAGGACACACCCCCCACGGGCCCCUCGCCAUGGUACCCACCCGAAGGUCAAUGAUCCUCAGGGCACUGGGAGGGUGGGGCACUCAGGCGCACCCACACUCUCGUUUGAAACAAGCUGUUCUUUCAUCAGUGAGGUACUGGGGGGUCCAUGGUCACCCGCUGUUAGGCAGAGGAAUGUCAUUGCCUACGUCCCAGUUCCUUUACCGAUUCUUCACCAGACAGUGGCGCUUUUAUUUGAAUUCCUGUCCCCUAAAAAACAUAAAUACACUACCAAAUAUGUCUAUAUUAAUCUGCCUGCCCGCUGGGAGCGAGGACGGGAACCGUAGACGGUUCUUCUGCUCUGUCUUCCUUCUUGAGAUGGUGGGAAAUUGGCUCACUUUUCUGACAGUUCCUAUAGGCUAAGAGCAGCGAUUAGUGUGCUAAGGACUGUUGGAUUUUGACAAUUCUCUCAAAAUAACCCCCCUUUACUCUUCUCCCCUAUUUGGCUGAAAACCCACAUUGCUACUGUCAUGUCCACAAGAGAGCUCAGAUGCACUCCUAAUUCAUGUGUGUCAACCUGAGAUAGUUUAGGCCAGUGAACUCAUUUAAUAAAUACAUUUUUUUUUUUUAAACUGGAGUGAUUUAUGGGCAAUGAUAUUCCUCUUCUAUGUAUGUUCUCUCGGGUGUAAUUGCUGAUAAUUUCUAAAACCCACUUACAGACCGUCCUCAUUAAAAUUAGAUUCGUUUAGAUGUUUGUCUCUUAAGCAAAGACAAACCAUUGAAGUUUAAAGCACAAGUUAGUGUGUGCAUCAUAACAGGUGGCAGUUAUGUCAGUGUAUCUUUCAGACUUUUCUCUGUAUUCCCUAUCUGAAGAGCAGUUGUUCCUACCAUGCUUAAUAGAAUCUGAAUAUAUGCAACCCUUUGAUAAAUGAAAAAUUAGCCUUUUUUUUUAGGAAGGAUAUAUUAUGUUAGUACAUAAAUUAACUUGUUUACAAAUGUGAGGGUUGGCAUUUUUAAUUUUUGUUGACCAGAAAUCAGCCUUGUACUCGUAAAGGAGCUUAGGACUGUGCUUUGACGCUGUUCCUUUAAAAUUUCUUAAAAUUGUUAAAUAAGUUGCUCCACAACAUAUGGCAUUCAAAGAGUAUUACAACCAAAUGCACACUGAACGGGGGUGUUUGUAGUGGCACACUAAGUUUUGAAAAGGCGUGUCGAUGCUUGUUCACUUCUUGUAGGUUCGUUCCCUGAAAAUGAAAAAGAAGAAGUAUUUCUAAUCAGAAAACUUCGAACACAAUUUUGGAAAUGCUGAGAAUCUUAGGAAGCUACUUUUCUUUUUGGAAAACUGACUUAUUUAUUAAAAGUAUAUAGUUCUUAUUGCUAGGCAGGACACUGUCCUCUGUUCACACUAUAAAUUGGUUUUGGUGGAUUAGCACUUGUUAAACACUAUGAAAAGAAGCCUAACUAAAUAAUAUUAACAGAAAAACAAGCCCAACUGGAAAAAUAUUUAAAAAAAAUAUGUGUAUACUCCACCAAACGUUGACCCAUCUGGCUUAAAAUUACAAAAUUCAUUUUCAGGGGCAGUGGUGUUCAAUCUAAUAAAUAAAAAAUACAUUAGCUAAAUGCAUUUGCAAAAUUAGCAUUAUUAUUAGCAACUGGGUUGUUAAUAAUAAGAGGUCAGAAUUUUGAUACAGUUGUAGUUGUGUAUAUUUUAUUAUCAUUUUUUGCAACAAAAAAAAAAAAGUGUGAAUGCCAGAAAUGAAACAGCUUUUUGUGGUUGGGGUGGGGGUUGGGGAUCGAGGGCUUUUUCAUCAUUUUAUCUUGUAUUUAACCAUACAUGUUCAGGGGUUGUUAGGAGCAGUUUCCAAAGGGUGUUACAGCUUGAAUAAAAUUCCAAACACCGUUUUUUUUUUCUUUAACUCUGCUGGAGUAUGCAUCAGUAGAUGAUUUGUAUUGUCUUUUUUUAAUUUAUUUUUUGAAUAUCUACAAUAAGUGAUUUAAGUGAUGUUGUUUUAAAAUGAUCCACGUUAAUGACCUUAGCUCAUCAGUCCCUCAUUUGGAGUACAUGUGUAUUUUGUUGUACUGUAGUAGCCAGUAUUCAGUGUGAUAUCUUGUUCGUUCGUCUUCUCUCUGUACCGCUGCUACCUUAAGCAACUGAAAUGAAUGUGCUUUAAAUGAUGGGAUAUAAAUGUGUCUAACAGUGGCUUUGAAAUCCUGUGUGUCAUUAUCUCUGGGUGGCAUAGAUGUGGAGUUUCAGCAGCCCGAUUGCGUUCUACUGCCUUUUCUCCGACCGCACCCUUUUCCCUCUGACUUGUGGAAAAGAAACGGCGUAGCUCUUAAAACAGUCGUAAAAAUCUGCUUUCAAUAUGUACGGAAGAGCCAGGGCGUGCAGAAAGGCGGGGCUAGCCUCAGGUUCAUCGUGCGAAACCACACAGAGGAGUCUCGCGCGCUCUUAGCGUCCCUCACUGCCGUGCGCCUUCCUUCCGAAUCCGACUGGAUUUCGAUCACUGGUCCGACAUGUUCUGCUCAGGACAUAGGUGCUCUCUUGUGUGGUCUUUCUCGCUGGAGCCACCUGCCCAGGCCUGACUAUCCCAUGUUAUGUUAAUGGCCAUGCCCCAUGGCAAGUCCCUCCCAUUCCAGGGCCAGGAUAAGAGCACGAACAUUUUCCCAUGAUGUUCUUGCGGCAGACGAAAUGAACCCUCUGGUGGCAGCUGUAAGAACUAAUUCCUGUCAACUGACUUUGCCAUUGCCUUAUCCAGCAACCGGAGAACCUAGAAUUCAGCUCCGAUUUCCAACCGUUCAAAAAGACCAUUGCAGGCACAAUGUGUGAAAUCUCGUUUUAAAUGUUCCCCUCUUAUCAAGGUGCCAAGGCACAUCCGCUUAUUGAAUUACUUGCCCUUAUGGCUUAAAGAAGCAUGAAACGGUGAACCGUUCAUUAACCAGAAACCAAUUGCACAAAGAAAUACAUAUAUCCUUGUUUUGGUUUACAAUGCUACAAUGUUAUUGGCAUGUGACAAUUUGUGGGAAUUCAGGUAACUACAAUAUCAUAAUUGUACUCUCUGUUUGAAUGUAAAAUUGAAUAAAUAUCAAUGUAAAAAAAAAAGACAAAAAAACAACCUUUGGAACUGCCUGCAUGUGUUUCAUGAUUAAGAGGACCCGCCCUUCUCUCUCACUCCUGUUCGUAUACAGCAAAAAUAAAAAAUAGAAAUAAAUCGAGAAAAUGUAUAUACUCUGUAUGAGAGCAAGAGAGAGAGCGAGAAGGGUGUGGUUUUUGGUGUGCCCUAUCUCCUGCGCUGAACCGUUUUUCACGCUUUGCAUUGCUACUGCAUCGUUCCCCUGAGGCCAGCCUUGCUCUCAUGCUUGUCUGAAAAAUAUUUUCCUUUUUUUGUUAGUUUAUUUUCUAAUAUGGAAAAUAAACAUGUAAAUGUCUGUUGUAUGUAAAGUACCUAUUUUUGUAUGUUAAUAAAAUUGCAAGUAACAACUGAAAA